CAUCUAUAAAAGGCAUUCCAUCUACGAUUUUGGACGUAAAAGUUCGCGUAUCUAACGCUUCUUGAAACCAUUUUUCUUUUUUUUUGUUUCCUACACUACAAAAUCAUCAAUGGGAAGAUCACCAUGUUGUGAUAAACACGGCCUUAAGAAGGGUCCAUGGAGUCCACAGGAAGACAUGAAGCUCACUCGUUACAUUCAAAUGCAUGGUCCCGGAAACUGGCGAUCUCUUCCAAAAAAUGCUGGGCUUGAAAGAUGUGGAAAGAGUUGUCGCCUUCGCUGGACAAAUUAUCUAAGACCUGAUAUCAAAAGAGGGAGAUUUUCAUUUGAAGAAGAAGAAACUAUUAUCCAACUACAUAGUGUUCUUGGCAAUAAGUGGUCUACAAUUGCAGCUAAGUUGUCUGGAAGAACUGAUAAUGAAAUCAAGAAUUACUGGAAUACUCGUUUACGAAAACGACUUCUUCGUAUGGGGAUUGAUCCCGUGACUCAUGCUCCGCGCCUUGAUCUUUUGGACUUAUCCUCGUCAUUUCUCAACUCCCCUGAUCAGCUUAAUCUUUCGAACCUACUUCACCUUCAAACACUUCUGAAUCCAGAAGCUCUAAGACUUGCUGCAAAUCUUCUAACAUCAAAGCACCAAACCCCUCAACUCCUAUUACAAAAACUUCAAGAAAACCAAUUAUUGAAAGCUCUGCUGCAAAACCAGGCCCCAACUUUCCAAUCUAAUCAGUUGGGAAACGCGUUUGAUAAACAGAUCCGUCCUUUGAAUCAAUCCAUUCUUCCCUAUUCUUCAGUGGAUCAAACAGAUCUCAUGCAAAGCGUGCAAGAGAGUUUCCAUGCAGCUUCUGAGCAAAUUGGGACAGAUUUGUUGGAAAACUUGAGUUUUAAUUCAGUUCUAUCGACGCCUAUAUCAAGCCCAGCUCCUUUAAAUUCAGCCACAUCAACACAUAUUCAAGUAAGCACCGAAGAUGAAAACUGCAGUGACUUUUUAAAGUUUGAAAUUCCAGAGGGUUUAGAUUUUGAUGACUUCAUGUAAAUAGAUUUUCUUUCGUUAUAGUUAGGACACCAAGAUAAUGGAUCCAUCUUAUUUGUUUGUGGUACUCUCCAUUCAGAUUUCAGGUUUUAUAUGGUUUUUCUUGUUAGUUGGACUCAUUUACAUAUUACAAAUAUUUUUAAUUACUUGUGUGUAGGGCGGAUCUAGCACCUGGCGAGCCCCAACAGCCACCCGUGCUGGAUCCGUCGGAAGCUCUUUUUUUUUUUUUUGGUUGAUGAUAG